ACAGCCUCAGCAACAAGUGCAACCUCCUCAACAAGUACAACCUCAACAUCAAGUGCAACCUCCUCAACAAGUGCAACCUCAACAACAACAAGCUGCUGCUGCUGCCGCUGCUGCUGCCGCUGCUGCCGCUCCUAAUGGAAUACACACACCAGCUGACAUUGAUAAAAUGGUCGCGUCUUAUCUUCAAAAAAAAGGUUAUAGAGCAACUGAAGCCAUUUUUACACGCGAGUCAAAAGGAGAAACAAUUUCACUUGGAAAACUGUUAGAUGACCCAACUGAUGAAAAAGGAAAGAAAACAGAAAAAACAUCAAAUGAUAAUUCAGUAAAGUCCAAGAACACACAUGUUGUAGAACAGACAAAAGAAGAAGAGAAAGAAGAUCCUGAUAUAUAUGAUGUCAGUUAUAAAAGUUUAAGACAAUGGAUUGAAAAUUCUCUUGAUUGGUAUAAGCCUGAACUACGAUCUGUUUUAUUUCCAAUUUUUGUUCAUUCCUAUCUUGAUCUUGUUAGUAAAAAUAUACCUGAAAAAGCAAAAUACUUUAUGGAUACCUAUAGAAAAGAUCAUGUUGAAUUACAUACUUUGGAUUUAAAUACUUUUGAAACAAUUACUGAACCUCAACAUGUCCGCGAAAAUGAAUUAGCACGAAUGUAUAGAAGUAAUAAAUACAAUUUACGCAUGUCAGGUGUCCCUUUUGAAUUAUUUUUGAAUUACUUGCAGGAUAAUAAGUUCAUGAUAUUGCUUCGAAUUGUAAAUCAAUAUCUCAAUAUUCAAGUGGUACAUGGUAAAUUAUUAAAAUCCGCAGGCGGAUUAGAAAUGGACGAUGUGAUUGGUAUCAUUGGACAUCAAGCACAGCAAAUUGAAGAGUUUAAUAAACAGAAGGUGCAACUUGGAUUGCCUCAAUUAGAUCAGUCAUUUAAAGAAGAAGUAGAACAGGCUAUUAAAGAACAAGAAGAUGAAAGUCAACAAGAUGAUAAUAUAUCUUUACUUGAAACUUUCAAAAGAGUCACUCAAGAAAAUACAGCGGAUGGUCCUGCAUUUGGUGAUAUACCACUCCCGCCAUAUAGAGGAACUGAUAUUACUACACAAAUCGAAUCAUUAAAAAACUUGACUCAUACAAUCCCUCUAAAUGAAUCUUCACUACCUAGCAUAUGCUGUUAUACGUUUCAUAAUACACACGACAGUCUAAAUUGUGUGACGAUAACUAAAGAUGCUACUUUAAUAGCUGGGGGAUUUUCUGAAUCCUAUAUAAAGAUUUGGAGUUUAAAAGGAGAAAAGUUAAGAUCACUUAGAAAUACGAUUAAUCCUGCUUUGGUUAAUGAUUAUAAUGAUUUAAAUCGUCAAAAAGAAAGAUAUGGACAUGAAUAUAAGAAAUUAAUAGGACAUUCAGGUCCUGUGUUUGGCCUUAGUUUUAGCCCGGAUAAUAAGUAUUUAGUUUCUUGUUCAGAAGAUAAGACAGCGAGAUUAUGGAGUACACAAACAUUUACCAACUUAGUAAUUUAUAAAGGUCAUAAUAGUCCUGUAUGGGAUGUUGAUUUUGGACCAUUUGGAUUUUAUUUUGCUACUGGAUCUCAUGAUAGAACAGCUCGUCUUUGGAGUUGCGAUCAUAUUAAUCCUCUUCGAAUUUUUGCAGGUCAUUUAUCAGAUGUAGAUACUGUUAAAUUUCAUCCUAAUUCAAAAUAUCUAGUUACUGGUUCAAGUGAUCGUACAUCACGACUUUGGGAUAUACAAAAAGGUACCUGUGUACGUGUAUUUACAGGUCAUACAGGUGCAAUCAAGACAGUCGCUGUUUCUCCUAAUGGCCGUUUAAUGGCAUCUGCUGGUGAAGAUAAAUCAAUUAUGCUUUGGGAUAUUGGAUCUGGUAAAUGUAUUAAGAAAUUAACGGGACAUACAGGCUUUAUCUAUUCAUUGAAGUUUAGUGCAGAUAAUGGUGUACUGGUAUCUGGAGGUGCAGAUAAUACAGUUUGUGUUUGGGAUGUUAAUACUGAUUUAACUUCAGCUACUGUUACUUAUAUGGAUACUGAUCAUGAUAUGAAUGGUACGAAAAGAUUAAAAAUAGAUAAUGAUAAAAAACGCAAAGCUGUUGUUCAUGAAAGCCGUGAACGUCUUGCUGUAUUCCCUACUAAACAAACUCCCAUUUAUGAUAUUCAGUUUACAGACCGUAAUUUAUGCCUUGUUGCAGGUGCAUUUACUCAACAAAAAACUACAUGAUUUUAAAAAAAUAAUAAACCAUUUCCCCUUUUUUAUUAAAUUAUUUAAAUAUAAAAUAAACAUUCUAUUGUUAUUAC